CUCAGGUCUGCUUCGUCCCCUGCGCGCUCAAGCGUCACCUUUUGCCUCUUUCGGAGGAGCUGCUGCCGCCGUCGCACCCGAAAAGGACUCGGAGAGGCCGCCGUCACCGCCAUGCCUAAGAAUAAAGGUAAAGGAGGUAAAAAUAGACGUAGAGGUAAGAAUGAAAAUGAAUCUGAAAAGAGAGAGCUGGUGUUCAAAGAGGAUGGACAAGAGUAUGCUCAGGUAAUCAAAAUGUUGGGAAAUGGACGAUUAGAAGCAAUGUGUUUUGAUGGUGUAAAGAGGUUAUGUCACAUCAGAGGGAAAAUGAGAAAAAAGGUUUGGAUAAAUACCUCAGACAUUGUAUUGGUUGGUCUACGAGACUAUCAGGAUAACAAAGCUGAUGUAAUUUUAAAAUACAAUGCAGAUGAAGCUAGAAGUCUGAAGGCAUAUGGCGAGCUUCCAGAGCAUGCUAAAAUCAACGAAACAGAUACUUUUGGUCCUGGUGAUGAUGAGGAAAUCCAGUUUGAUGACAUUGGAGAUGAUGAUGAAGACAUUGAUGAUAUCUAAAUUGAACUCAACAUUUUACAUUCCAGUUUUUCUGAGGAUUGUUCUACAUUUUGGAUUUUGACCCCUAAAGAAGAUUAAAAUUUCAUUAGCAUGAGUGCAAUUUGUUAAAGCAGACUAACUGGUUUGUUUUUAAGGUAUUUGUGUUUCUUUAAAAACUGAUAAUGCUGAAUUAUCUUAAGUAAAAUGCUAAACCCAUUUUGUUCUUUUGAUGUUAUGGAGCUUAUGGGUAAAAGACCUACAAUAUCUGUUUAAAAAAAAAAGAAAAAAUGCAUUACUGCCUUUCCUAUGUUUGCCAUACACUCAUUGUGGAUUAUGAUUAAGCCCUCCUUUUGACUAGUCUGUUGAAUGUGCAGAAUCUUUCUGUAUAUUCCAGUUUCCUAGAAGUUUCUUGAGAUUUUGAUAUAAUUUAAAGGGGGC